AUGAGUUCGUCUUUGGCCGCUCCAUGGGUAGAGAAGUAUAGACCCGAGACGUUUGAGGAUAUUAUAUCCCAUGAGGAUAUCAUGUCUACGUUGAUGAUAUUCGCGGAAAAGGGUCAACUUCCUCACCUGUUAUUUCACGGUCCUCCAGGUACCGGAAAAACAUCGACCAUAAUGGCUAUUUCCCGCUAUUUAUAUGGAAACCAGAAAAAUGGCUUUGUAUUAGAGCUAAACGCCUCGGAUGAAAGGGGUAUUGAUACGGUUAGAGAACAAAUUAAGGCAUUCUCCGAGACGACAAACACCUUCUCAAACACAUCUGCGCAAGAUAGUAAUAUAAAGACAACGCUAAAGUUAAUUAUAUUAGAUGAAGCCGAUCAGAUGACCAACGCAGCGCAGAAUGCGCUAAGAAGAAUCAUGGAGAUUUAUUCUAGCAACGUACGAUUCUGUCUGAUCUGCAACUUUAUGAAUAAAAUCAUCCCCCCUAUUCAAUCUAGGUGUACCGGUUUUCGCUUUCAGCCGCUAAAGCCUGAUUUUGUCAGAAAAAGGAUUAGAGAUAUAGCAGAAAUGGAAAAUUUAAAACUGUCAGAUUGUGGGUUAGAUACACUGAUCCAAAUAGGACAGGGAGAUAUGAGACGUGUAUUGAACUGUUUGCAGGUAACAGCAAUGUCAUACUCUAAAGGAAAUGUGAUUGAUGCCAAUUUGAUCCUGACAACUUCAGGAAUGCCCCAAAAUAGCGAAAUUGAACACCUGCUGCAAACACUAAUGCAAUGCUCUUUUAAGGAAAGUGUUGACGAGCUAAAUGAGCUACAUCACCUUAAAGGAUACUCAGUUGAGGAUAUUGUAAAGGGUUUAUAUAAAGCAAUACUUAAAAUUGAUUGGCCAAAUGUGCCCAUAAUACAAUUGAUCAUGAGACUCGCUGAUAUCGAGGAAAGGUUAUCAGCCGGAGCUACAGCUUCCAUACAAAUUGCUUCCAUUGUAAGUGCGUUUGCAGAGGUGCGAUAUGAAAUUGAGCGAUUAAAGUUUGAUUUAAAGUUGAAUUAA